AUGGUGUUGAAUAAGAAACGGCUCUACCUGGCCCUUUACCCUAGCGGUAAUACCUCUGAACGCCAGGAUUUGAAAUAUCACCUAGCGUUCAUCAUCGGCCCCAAAAACGAAUAUAAAGAACAAGUCCCCGGUAUGCGAUUUCAUAUUAAGAACUUGCCAGGGGGAGGUUGGCGAUACGCGGAAGAUGUACUGCCAGAUGUGCAGACAUCGGUGCGUCUCCUCGUCCGCGUCCUCAUUGCCAAGAUCACCAACGAAUCCCAACUUAUCGAGGUCUUUCGAAAUACCCCGAUCUUCCAAAAAGACCCGACCUUCAAUUGUAGGACAUGGGUUAUCGACGCUUUGUCGCGAAUCUCGAAUAACCGCAAGGUGGUUGGUACGUCGCAGCUGGAUUGGAAGAUGAUUGAGGAGCGGGCCCGGACUUAUGUGGCAAUGAAGACAGUAGUUGGGAGGUUUGGAGAAGGUCAAGAUAUGAGGAGGCCGAAACCUACCUGGGAUAUGCUGGAGGAUAAGGAAAUUGUGGCCUAA